CCAUGAUGGAGGAGCACCAGCCUCUUAUAUCACAGGAAAAUCCCAGUUCGAGUUCUGAAGAAAACUUCUUGUUAUCACUAAAUGAUAAAGUAGAAGAUGAAGAUAUCAUGCAGCUCUCUUCAAGAGAAAACCUUAAUGUACAUCCAGGACUUCACAGUACAGCUCUAUCAUAUAAUCUCCCUAAUCAUGAGGAACCAUCUCCUGACCAAAAAGAUGACGAAAUGCUUCAUUGUGGUAAAGAGUCCACAAAAAAAUCAAGUCUUUCUACAUACAGAAAAAUUAAUAUAAGAGAAAAGCCAUACUCCUGUUCAGAAUGUGGAAAAUGCUUUACAAAAAAAUCACAUUUUGUUAGACAUAGAAAAAGCCACCCAAGAGAGAUGUAUAAAUGUUCAGAAUGUGGGAAAUGUUUUAAAAUGAAAUCAAAUCUUAUUCCACAUAAGAGAAUUCACACAGGAGAGAAGCCAUAUUCAUGUUCAGAAUGUGGGAAAUGUUUUACAACUAAAUCAAAUCUUGUUAUACAUGAGAGAAAUCACACAGGAGAGAAGCCAUAUUCAUGUUCAGAAUGUGGGAAAUGUUUUAAAGUUAAAUCAGAUCUUAUUUCACAUAAGAGAAUUCACACAGGAGAGAAACCAUAUUCAUGUUCAGAAUGUGGGAAAUGUUUUACAAAUAAAUCACAUCUUGUUAUACAUGAAAGAAAUCACACAGGAGAGAAGCCAUAUUCAUGUUCAGAAUGUGGGAAAUGUUUUACAGACACAUCAGGUCUUGUUAGACAUGAGAGAAGUCACACAGGACAGAAGCCAUAUUCAUGUUCAGAAUGUGGGAAAUGUUUUACACAAAAAUCUGAUCUUAUUAGACAUGAGAGAAGUCACACAGGAGAGAAGCCAUAUUUAUGUCCAGAAUGUGGGAAAUGUUUUACACAAAAAUCAGAUCUUGUUAGACAUAAGAGAAGUCACACAGGAGAGAAGCCAUAUUCAUGUUCAGAAUGUGGGAAAUGUUUUAGACAAAAAUCUGAUCUUGUUAUACAUCAGAGAGGUCACACAGGAGAGAAGCCGUAUUUGUGUUCAGAAUGUGGGAAAUGUUUUACACAAAAAUCAAAUCUUGUUGCACAUCAGAGAUUUCACACAGGAAAGAAGCCACAUUCAUGCUCAGAAUGUGGGAAAUGUUUUACACAAAAAUCAAAUCUUGUUAUACAUCAGAAAGGUCACACAGGAGCGAAUUUCUUGAAAUUGAAUCAUUCAGCAGGCCAAAGGGAAAGUGUUUAGAUUGCCCUGACAAGUUGUGGAUGACAUUCUGAGGUCUUCUACGGCUGUAUGCAACUACUCUAACACCAAGGCAGCAUUGGCAAUCAUCAAGUGGCAGGGAAAUAUAUAGCUAUGGGUAAACAGUGGCCGGUGGGGAUAAAGAGCCUGUUUAACCACACAUUACACUUUUGGCUUUGUUAUACUUUUUUAAAUAAAAAAAAUCCCGAAAUUAUCCCUUUUAGGGGUUGAUGUCUUUCAGGGUAGUGUCAGAAGAAGCAAUGGCUUGUUUUGAACAAGAAUUCCAAGAAUGCUCACUUUUUUGGGAGCAGCAGUAUUGUAUUGAACCUGACAGACAAGGCAGGAGUGCAUCUGUGUAGGGGUAGUAGUAAUGGGAGAAGUACAAUAUUUAACCUGACAAAGUAGAAGAUCUUCAACUGUGUAGGGGGUAGUAGUAAUAGCAGCAGGUGUAGUGGUAGCUGCAGCAGCAGGGGUACAGUGUGAACCAUGACAAAGAGGCAGAAGAUUUGCACCUCUAUAGGGGAAGCAGUAGUGGCAUUGGUGGCGGUAGUAGCUGAAGCAAUACAGUAUGAAAUCUGACAGACAAGGCAGGAGAGUUUCGGAUAUAUAGGGGUAGCAGUAUUAGCUGCAGCAGUACGGUAGGGAAUCUGACACACAAGGUAGGAGAUUUGCGGCUAUGUAGGGGUAGCAGUUGUGGCGGUGGUGGCAGUAGUUGCUGUAUCAGUACAGUAUGGAAUCUGACAGACAAGGCAGGAGUUGUGCACCUGUGUAGGUGUAGUAGUAGCAGUAUAGGGAACAUGAUGGACAGGUGUGUAUUACAGUACAUUCUUAUUAGGAAUGAACACUAUUAAAUGUAUCACAGUGUUAUCAUGGCAUCCAUAUAGCCAAUUGGCAACACAAAAUAUUGUAUAAUAACAUUUUACAAUUCUAACCCCACUAAAGUUAUUCCCAAACCUUAUUGCAACUCAACCCCACCCCCCCACCCCAUUUUCUCCCCCGUCUGGAUGUGCCUCCUUAAGAUAAGAUAAGAUGCCUUUAUUGUCACUGUACAAUACAAUGAAAUGUUGUAAGAAAUUGGCAUCUAAAUGGAGAGCUCCAGGCUGCUGCGUCCAUGCGCGCUGCCAUCUUGAAUAGAUCCUCUCUACUAAGUCUCAUAAUCCAAUACAAUGUGAUAAAGUAUCUAUAAAACCUCAAGAUGUCCAAACUCAUUUGAUAUCGUUUCUCAGGUACCAUUCUGUGUGUUGAUAAUUAUGCAUGAGAUUUUGUAUUUCUACAUUUGUCAUAUGUUUGCCAAUA